AUGCUGGCCGACGUUAGACAAUUGCGUCAUAUCCAACAAGCACAAACAGGUGUUUCUCAUACCCCCAAAUCUUCAAGGAACGACACUUCAAUCAGGGGGAUAGUUCGUCAAUCACAAGCAAGCCAACCGGUUCAUGGCUGGAACCAACCAUUCUCGCCACAUUCAUUUUCUAUCCCUACAAACCAUCUAAUCCCACAUCGAGCCACAUAUAGUACUGCAUCCACUAGAUCUACUGAGCCUGUGAUUCACGAUGUCUUCGAACCCACAUCUGGGACAUGGCAGUAUCUCAUCGCCGAUCCAUCAACAUCAACAGCUGUCAUCAUCGACCCAGUCUUGGACUAUGAUCCUGCCACUCAGGCCGUGACCACCCAGGCAGCCGAUUCCUUGCUCUCUUUCAUCAAAGCAAAAGGCUACAAGAUUGACAAGAUUCUCGAAACGCACGCUCAUGCAGAUCAUUUGUCUGCCGCAUCUUAUAUUCAAAAACGUCUUGCCCAGGAUCAAGGUCAUAAGCCGCCCAUCUGCAUUGGCAAACGCAUUGAACAAGUGCAAAAAUUGUUCGCCGAGACCUAUGGUGUCCCAAAAGAGGAAUACAAAGCCACAUUUGACACGCUCUUCGAUGACGAUGAGACCUUUACUAUUGGGAACCUGAAAGGAAAGGCUAUUCAUCUACCUGGGCACACCCCAGAUCAUCUUGGUUACAUGAUUGGAGAUAAUCUAUUCUGCGGUGAUUCUCUCUUCCAUGUGGACAUCGGCACGGCACGCUGUGACUUCCCCGGUGGUGAUGCGAAUGACCUCUUUCGAUCGGGCCGCAAGCUUCUAAGCCUCCCUGACCACUUCAAGAUCUGGACAGGUCAUGAUUAUCCGCCGGAGGGACGUGACCCUGUACCUUGGGUGAGCGUCCAGGAUCACAAGAAGCUGAACAAACACCUGAAAGAUGGUAUCAGCGAAGAAGAGUUUGUGACUUUGCGAAAUGAACGUGAUGCAGGAUUGGCGGCACCUAAGCUGCUUCACCAGUCUUUGCAGAUCAACAUUCGAGCAGGACACCUUCCUUCUCCCUCGAAAUUUGGUCAUCGGUUGCUUCACCUUCCAUUGAAGCUUACAGGGGAAGCAUGUAUUUACCGCAAGGAGCGCAGCUACUACCUUGAUCUCCUACAGGUCCAGGUUGUGCAGCUCCGCACUGACCCUGGUCGUCGCCUUCACGUGGUUGAGCAGCUUAGGGAGCUUUCUCAGUUGACACCCGGCUACAUUGAGGCUUCGCUUCUCAUCGGUGACACUCUCUUCCAUCAAAUUUGCUGCGCUCUUCAGCCUCUGUUCCUCACCGCGAUUGCCACCCUGGUGGGAGAUACUGACCCCGUCGCUGGUUUUAGAGUCGCCGAUACGCUUGAGGAUACAGUUCCCUUGGAGGUUCGAGACCCCUUCAAGCAUCCUGCCACAUGGUAG